AAACCCCGCCUGUAACAAGGCACUGUUACUGGGCGGACACUAUAGCACUGGACCUUGGGAGUUUUCCAUAACUCGGUCGCUGCAGGCAAGCGGCUGUGGGAAGUUACAAUCAACAGCCCCAGGGGAAGGAGGGAGCCGGGCUGAACCGAGCUGAGAGAGAGGGCUGCGAGCUUUAAUCUUUGCCGUCGCCUGCAGUUUGUAACUCUCUUCUCCCAGAAGGAAACCGAACCAAGGGUUGCACAGCCGAGACUGAGCAAGGAGGAGCAGAAAGAAGUUGGCGGGGACCGUGAAGAUGGGAGAAGACGGAGUGCAAGCGGAGAAAAGUAGCGCCCAGGCCGUGCAGGGAACCACGGAGCCCAGCCCGCCCCCCAGCCCGAGCCUGGAGUCCAGCUCGCCCCCCAGCCCGGCUCCCGGCCCCAUCCCGGCCGAGUCGCUGCGAGACGGCUCGCAGGUUAACGCCAUCACCGUGCUGGCUCUCCUGGACAAGCUGGUCAACAUGCUGGACACAGUGCAGGACAACCAGAAAAAGAUGGAGCACCGACAGAUCGGGGUGGAGAGCUCGGUGAAAGGCAUCCAGAGCGACAUCACCAAACUCUCCAAGAGUCACAGCACGACCAGCAACACCGUCAACAAGCUGCUGGACAAAUCGCGAAAAGUCAGCAACAACGUGAAGGAGAUGCGGGAGCGCCUGGACAAACAGGCGGUGCAGGUGAAGAAAUUGGAAACCAACCAGGCGCAGCUCCUGAAGAAAAACAACUUCAGAGUGCUGAUCUUCCAGGAAGAAGCAGAGAUCCCAGCCAACAUUUUUGUUGAAAAACCAAAAGAAGAUGUGGCAGCGGAAGGAUGUGUGGAUGAGAACAAAGCAGUGGAAGACAUCCCUCCAUCGCUGGAGCUGUCCUCAGAUGAAGACAUCCACGAAGGUGAAGACAAUGACGAGAUACAUGAUGGGGAAAAGGCUGAAAAACUGGAGCAAUCCAGGGCUGCCAAAAUCAAGAAAUCCAGCAUGAAGAAAGUUGAUAGCAUCAAGAAGGCAUUUUCCCGGGAGAACAUUGAGAAAAGGAUGAAUAAGUUUGGUACAAAGAUUGUUUCGCCUGAAAGACGAGAGAAGAUUAAGAAGUCACUGACCCCAAAUCAGCAGAAGCCGCACUCAGCGAAGUCCUCCAGCUUCAAAGUAACGCCCAUGACUUUCAAGGUGAAAAAGGUUAGGAAUGGGGAGACCCCUCCACAGAGCCCCAGUGACACAGUCGUUACACUGGAAGCCGAUCCAUCAGGUUCCCCUGAAGACAGCGAGUUCCCGGAAGUGCACCUAGGCCCCAACACUUUAGCAUCUGAAGAGGUUAAAGAGAUGGCAGAAAGUGCAGAGGAGGAAAUGAAAGAGGCAGAAUUAGUGAUGGGAAGCAGUAACAACCGGGGCAUUGUGAUGAAAGCGGAAAGCACAGAGGAGGCUGAGAUACUGCUGGAGACUCUGCCUAAAGACGAACAAGAAGGAGAAGACCAAGAAAAAUACAUAGGGCCGAAUAUAGAGCUGCAUAUUGAGGAGCCAGAUGAGCCUGCUGUUCUGCAGAUAAAGCAAACAGCCUAAACCCCUGGAGAGCAGAUCAAUGAACCUCUGUUUGUAUACAAAAAUCAUGCUUACGAUAGUUAUUAUUAGCUACUGUAACCCUACGAGGAAUGUGAGAGGGACUGAAGUAUGUUGUGGGAGGGAAGAUGAGAAGUAAAUGGUAAGAGAGUAACAGAUAUGAACAAAUGGUGCUGGGCUAUGUUUAUACAAUUGUGUAUUUGGUGUGGAAGCAAAAAUGGUUUUGAAACCUUUUGGGAAAAGUUUGAGUUAUUUGGGUUUAAUAUUGUAGGCCUGAAUAAAAGUCAUAAAACAGACACCAAGCCAAUUUAUGUUUUAAUUAUUUGAAAUGCAUCCGUUUCGUACAUACAAAUACUCUAAUUUUGAUUCAUAGCUGCAUGCUCUUUAGAUAGAUGCCAAUUCACUAAAAGAAUUGUGCUUAAGAUUGAACCCAAAGAAACUGGCUGAAAAGGAAAUAGUACUGUAUCAUCACUCCCUGUAUAAAUGUAAGCAGUUCAGCUACCCUGGUGCCAUUUUCAUGGCCUGUGUAAUGUAGAUGAAUUCUAGCUUCUUUCACCUUCUUAUUGCUGAUUGAGGAAAGCUUUUCUGAGAUAAAUUGCCAUGAUAAAUACAUAAGCUAAUUAUUUUCACAUGUAAUAUAUUGCUUGAUGAACAUUCUUUUUGUUCUGUUAUUUUCAGUUUGCUAUUAAACAAAAUGAAAGCCAAAAUGUUUUAUAAUCCUAAUUAAAUAUCUAAAUAAAAAAGAAUUAAAAGUGGA